CCGUCGCCAUUUACGCGGGGUGAGGCGUCGCGCUCGCGCAUCACCAAAAUCGCGUGUCGCGUCAAGCUGGGUCCACACACCACUUAAACCUCCAGCCCAGGCCACCCGCAACAAUCCCUCUCCUCUCCAAUUCUACAUCCACAACACACACCUCUCAAACCCAACCAUUUUUUGAUUAAUUGUUCUUCCUCUUGAGAUACCCGCUGUUUUACAUAUUCCCCAUCAUUUUUUUUAUCCAUUGCAACUCACCAUGUCUUCUCGCGCCUCGUCCCCCGUGUCGGGUGGCUCUCCCGAGCUUCUGACGCCGCGGUCCAAGAUCCGAGCAACUCUUGCAGCCGUGGAGAGCAGCGACGAGGAGGCUUCUCCCUCAACCAACAUCACAAAGAACAAAACCCCCCAAACGACACAAUCAGCACCUCGAGCCAUCGGCCUACCACGAUUGCCUACACAUGACACCGAGUCGGACGAGUCAGACGAAGAGAUCCGACCAAGGGGGCGGCUCGCGUCCAGGAUGCAGGGCAUCACCCGACCUUCAGAACCAGCAAAGAACAACACCGCGGAAACCGCACGUGAACGUCUCAAGAAGCAGUUUGGACUCGGGGAGCAGGAGGCCGAAAAGACGCCCGAUGUCGAGAUGGCAGACGCGGAAGACGAAGACAACCAGCUCCCUGUAGCGCCGCGGAGGCUGGUGCGCAAGAUCACCCAAGCAACCACAACCGAUGACACCACACGAGCAUCCAGGUCACCCAGCCCAGGCCUUUUCGUAUCUUCUCCCGCUCGUCCGUCCCCCUCGAAAUCCGCCCACAGUGCCUCCGGUUCCGAAGAUGAUCUGCCAACUCUCAAGUCAGAUCGAUUCAAGGCUCUUGUUGAGCGUAAACGAAAAGAACGCUUGGCUCUGGAAGCCGCCGAGGAGGCCCACAAUGCAGAGAAACGUGCUCAGCAAGAGAAGCUUGCCUCCGAACUCGACCAAUUGGCGUCCGACGACAAUGACUCCGGUAUCACAGAUGACGAGGGUGGUCGAAAACUCACCCAGGGUCCCCGACCUUCAGCCCGCAAGGCAAGCCGGAAGGCCAUUGAGGAGAUGAACCGAGAAACCCAGAGGAUGGCGAGAAACAUGCAGCUUGCCCACCAAGCCAAGACGCGAAAGAAGAUCACCAAGAGCAGCUUAUUCCAGCGCUUCAACUUCCGACCUGCCGGCGAGCCCGAACCCGAGCCCAAAACGGCGAGCUCAAGCCGACCCACCAGCCCUCAUUCAGAUGCUGAGAUGGAGGAUACCGACACACCACCGAGUUCUCCCCCUGUUGAGAAAUUACCCGCCCUGGUACAGCCAGAGGCCAAUGAUGAGGAAGCGGAUCUACCAACAGUAGAAGAAUUGGCCUCGUCCCCGAAGCGACGUCUUGACAAGGGCAAGGGCAGGGCCAUUGACGUUCCAGAACUGCCCAAAUCGUCCCCCAAGGCCAAGCGUCAGGUUCGCAUCAAGCUGCCACCAGUAACGGCCAAUGUUACCUUAAUCGACUCGGAUGAUGAGCUCGAAAUCACCACGACAACUAAAGAUAAGGUCCUCGCCGUCUUCGACAGCAUGCCAGCCAGGAAGGCUCAGGAGUCUCACUCUCUGCAAGCUCUGCGAGCACUUGCCCAGGUAGGAUCUCCGGGUAGGGAGCCCCGACGACGACGAACCGAUACCCAUGAAAUGACAGCUGGCGAGCUUCAGGCUUCCCUCCAGCAAAAGGCCAGGCAACAGGCCAAGCUGGAGCGUGAACGCCGAAUUGAAAUGCUCAAGGCUCAGGGAGUGGUCAUCCAAACUGCUGAGGAGCGCGAGCGUGAGAUGCAAGAGGUCGAAGACAUCGUGGCCAAGGCACGGGACGAAGCACAUAAGCUCAUGCAACAAGAGCGAGCGGAGGUGAAAAAGGAGAGGAUGGAGAGUGGAGAAGUUGACCCGCUGGCCUGGGAUGACAGCGAUGACGAGGAGUAUCAAGCCUCUGGCGAUGAUGCUGAUGCGGAACUCUCUGCCGUUGAGUUGUCUGGUUCUGAGGAGGAGGAGGAGGAUGAAGAGGCUGGCGGCAAUCCAAUGUUCGAGGACGAGGCCGAGGAUGCGGACUCCCAGGCUUCUGUCGAGGAUGCCCAGGAUGAGACCCCUGUGGCCAGUCAAGACCUGGAUGAAGACGCCGACGACCUGCCAGUCCUGAACAAGCGACGCUCACGGAAGCAAGUCGCCAUCAUCUCCGACGACGAGGACGAAAUCGAGGCCACGCCAAAGCCAAAGUCGAAGACGAUGUUCAAAUCACCUACCGUUCCCGGCACCCAGUCUCCUGCAGCCCCUACCUCAGUGCUGCGAUCAGCAAAGAAGACCUUCAUCCCUGGAUUACCUGUCCAGGGCCCAGCCGGCCUUGGCCUCACUCAAAUCUUUGCUGGAACCAUGGAUGACAGCCAAAUGUCUGCCGGCGGCCCGACACAGUCCAUGAUGCCUGACUUUGACAAUUUCCCUGAUUCAAACUUCUCAGCUACCAUGGACGAACCCGAAGACAUGAUUGUGGAUAGCCAGAAGGAGGAGACUCAGGGUGUUACCCAAGGGAUUCAGCUGAAUUUCUCCCAAUCCCAGAUGCGAGGCCUGGACAGUUUGCUACGCGAGGAGUCGAUCACUCAGUUCUCUGACAUGGUUGAACUUUCCCAAGACGGCGGGUUCCAAGCGCACACCCCUCUGAAGGAGAGAUUCGUCGAACCCCCCAUCUCCACCGUCGAGACGGUCAUGGUCGAUCAAAAUGAGGAGCCUGGCCAAGACUCGCCUCUUGUUCGUCGAGGUCGACUCCGACGGAGAAUGGAAACCCCGCUAGUUGAGGAGACUCCUGAGCCAGCCACCGUGGAGAAGCCUGAGACAGCCUUCAACAUGCUGAACGAGGGCGCCAAAGAGGAGAAGAAGCGCCAGCUCAAGGAGACCUUCAACCUGAAGAAGAGCAAGGCCAAGGAAAUGAUUGAGGAACAGGCUGAGGAGUCCGAAGAUGAAUAUGCUGGUCUGGGUGGUGUCGACGGCGAGGACAGUGACAAUGAGUCUAUUGCUUCAGUCAAGGAGAUGAUUGACGAUGCUGCUGGAAACAAUGUCGACGAGGCCAAGCUGGCAGCAUUUUAUGCGGACCGCGAGCGUGCAGAUGAUGAGAAGCAGGUUGAGAAGCUUUUCAAGGACAUCACAACCGGAAUGCUUCGACGCAAGCGCGGAGCAGACUACGACCUCUCCGACUCGGAUGACGACGGCGAGGCUCGCCGGCGCAUGAAGCGUCGCCAGUUCGCCAAGAUGCAGAAGGCCCUCUUUUCUGACGAGCGCGUCAAGAAGAUUGCUGAGAACCCUGGCAACCAGGCGUUCCUCCGAACCAUCGAGGACCACGGCAGUGAUGACGAGAUGGACUUCCUGGGAGGUAUCGACCAGCCCAUAGAGGAGUCGCAGUCUCAGUCCCAGGACGACGAGGGUGCAAAGCCGCAGACCAUCCCUGACAGCCAGCCCCGCAAGCCUUUGGGCUCUGCAGGGGACAACAGGCCAUCCGCCCACAUAAGGAAAACCAGGGAGGGCAAGAAGCCGUCCAACAUUGGCGAGCUCCGCGAGACGCUCUCCAAUCUGUUGGAGGAGCCCCAUGGCACCACCAUUCCUGCCACCGACGCUGGGUCUGACAGCGAGGAUGACGAGCCGUCGUCCCCAACUCGUAGCGACAAGGAGAACCACGAGCCGAACCCUCGCCGUGGUCGUGUUGCCGUGGUCGACCGCAUCAGCCUCAAGCGAAAUAACUCAUCUGCCUCGAAUGCAUCGGCUCGCCUUGCCUUCGCAACCGCAGCAUCAUCCACCUUCAAGGUCCCCGCACUGCUUCGCCGCGCGACCACCAACUCGCUCAUGUCGGGUUCCUCGGCGUCCACGACUAGCUCCGGGGUGUCGACACCCUCGAGCGGGUUUGGCGAGGAUGCCAAGAUCAAGAAGAAUGCUGGAAAGAAGAGCGGCGUGAACGCGUUCGCACGAGAUAGCGAGAGGAGGGCUCGUCUUGAGCAGAGCGAGCGGAGGAGAGAGGAGAGAAAGAUCCAGGGCGCGGAGAAGAGAAUUGGUCUUGUGGGUGGAUUAUUGGGCAAAGGAACGUUUGAGUAAGGAUUGCAUUUCAACGGUGUUGGGGGUAUUAUAUAGGAGAAGGACUUUGGGGCUCUGGACUAAAUGAUUUGGCAUGGCGUUCACGGUCGAGUAACAACCAGAGUAUUUGUGUUACUCAAUUUGAGGCAACUUGGGCAUAUCCAUUUGGUGGAGUUUGUUAUUUCAAGGCAAGCAAAUCAUGACAAACAAAUCAUAC